AUGGCGAACGCGCGACUGCAAGAAACGCAGCAUUCCACGUCUUUUCCUGACUCCAACGCCUCGGAACCUCUUCAUAACUCGAUGCCGCACACACUGAGCCUUGAAAUUCCGUCAUUAAGCGUUUCAGUGGCUCCAAAAGAGCACUUAUCCGAUGCUCAGAGUGAACGUGAAGCCUUGGAAUCGGCUUUAAAGAGCCGAAAAAACACAUUAGAAGCCCAACUUGAAGCUGUAACGCUUGGGAAAUUAAUGCACAAGGAGCUACUGCCCCAUUGUGACGCUACGGGACGCCACGUCGCUCGGUAUCAUCGUGAUUUUCUCCUUCAAGAGAUGGAAUGGAUGGCUGCUGAUUUCAAUCAAGAACGGAAAUGGCGGGUACGUAAUGCCAAGACAUUGAGUCAUGCACUUGUGUCGCAUUUAAAUCGACAAGAAGGUCGUCUUGCACGACAAGUAAAGAAACUCGAGAUGGCCAAACGACGUCGAGCGGCUCGACUGGGACGCGAAGUGAAGAAGUUUUGGGCCAAAAUUGAUAAAAUCAUUGCGUUUAAAGUGAAAUUACAAGCCGAUGAGUUGAAACAACAACACAUGGAGACACAGUUGCUGCAGUUGGUUCAUCAGACGGAAAACUAUGCAAUGGCACUAGCAGCAAGUUUUCAAGAAGAAGAAGAAGAAGAAGAAGGAAAUCGAAAAAGACAAGAGGAGGAGGAGGAUGGAGAGUUUGAACUUGAUGAAGAAGAAGGAGAUGAUGAAGCAUCGAUUGAAGAAGAAGAAAAGAAGAAUGGAGUCAUGUCAAAACGACAAGUAGCACUGGAAGUAAAAAUGUUACAAGAAGAAGGAGACAUGUCACUUGAUGAAUUGAAAGCGAAAUAUGCGGACAUGAGAAAAGAAUGUGAAAAUGAAGGGAUGGACGUGGAUAGUGCUGAUAGUAGUGAAGAUGGAGAUUUUCAAGCUGAUGAAGAGGAGGAGGAUGACGAACGAUCGAUUGCAGAGGAAGAAAAAAAGAGUGGAGUCAUGUCAAGACGACAAGCAGCGCUUGAAGUAGCGACGUUACAGGAAGAAGGAGAGAUGUCGAUUGAUGAAUUAAGAGCGCGGUAUGCUGGUGUUUUGGCAGUAAACGAUGAAAAGCUUGUGUUAGAAGGAGGCGAUGCAAAAAAGAUGGGGGAGGAAAAUGAUGAUGAAGAUGUUGGUGAUGGUGAGUUCGUCCCUACAAAAUGCGAAGAAGAGGAUGAGGUAGAUGAUGAGAUUACAAUUGAAAAGGAGGAAAGAUUAGGUCGGGACGCCUCGCUGGUCAGUAGAGCAGAGGAAUUACGGCUACUGGAAGAGGAAAGCAAUAUGUCUAUUGAACAACUUCGAGCACGAUACGCGACAGUCUCAGACGAUGAAGAGUCGAGUAGCGACAGAAACGGGAGUGCAAGAUCAGAUGUAGAACAUGACAGCAAUGAGACGUAUAGAAAGCAGGAGUGUCCUAACGAUGGCAACACCAAAGAAUUGGUUGAUGUCUCGACUUCUUGGUCUCCUGUGGCACGAAAGAGUGGUUAUAAGCGGCCAUUCCUGCUGACUUCACGACUAGAUUUACGAGAGUACCAGGAAACUGGAGUGAAUUGGCUCGUCAGCAUGUGCGAGCGGUGCAUCAAUGGCAUCCUUGCUGAUGAAAUGGGUCUUGGCAAAACUAUCCAGACGAUCUCACUUCUAGCGCAUCUAGCUUGUGCGCAGGGGCUGUGGGGCCCUCAUCUUAUUGUAGUACCCACGAGUUGUCUUGUGAAUUGGGAGAUGGAGUUCAAGCGUUGGUGUCCAGCAUUUAAGGUGUUGACGUAUUUCGGUUCAGCAAAACGCCGCAAAGAGCUUCGACAAGGGUGGUCAAAGCAGAAUGCGUUCCAGGUGUGCAUUACCAGCUACCAACUGGUGGUGCAAGAUGCCCACUGCUUUAAGCGUAAAAAAUGGUACUACCUGAUUCUUGAUGAAGCACACAACAUCAAGAACUGGAAGAGUCUACGCUGGCAAACGCUACUGACCUUUAGCUCACAGCGUCGCCUUUUGCUUACGGGUACACCGCUACAGAACAAUUUACUGGAGCUUUGGGCUCUUAUGCAUUUUCUCAUGCCGCAUGUAUUCGCAUCGCGCAAGGAAUUUAGCUACUGGUUUCAAAAUCCUUUAGCAUUAAUGGUGGAGAAUGGCAGUGAUCCAGCUCAAUCAGGAGAUAAUGAGGUCGAAGGUGGCAAAGACUUGGUGGCACAGCUCCAUGGUAUUAUUCGACCAUUCGUAUUGCGUCGUCUGAAGAAGGAUGUGGCGAAACAACUGCCGGGCAAGUUUGAGCACGUUAUCACAUGUCAGUUAUCGAGGCGACAGCGAUUCCUGUACGAGGAUUUUAUUUCGCGCAGCGCUACACGUCGCGCAAUGUUUGGCCGUGGGAAAGGCCGCGGUGCCAACUUCAUGAGCAUGAUGAAUGUCCUCAUGCAGCUACGGAAAGUUUGUAACCACCCUGAUCUGUUUGAGCCGCGUCCGAUUGCGUCUCCGUUGGAUAUGCCGGGUAUUCAUGUGCGCGUACCUUCACGUUGCGGUUAUCUAGUUGAUGAAAUCGUAAACGAGCGUCCACGUGUGGCACUUUGGGCCGACAGUAAUUUACCUGGUCUGGAAUUGCUGCUAAGCGAAAAGUUUACUUCAAAACGACGAAGAGAACUUUUCUUUUAUGACGUGAGUGCGCCACUUCCAGAUGAUACUGUUGCAACCGUGCCGUCAGUGUAUGAAGGCAAAAAAGACAUUGUGCGAAGGAUCAUUAGGCUUGCAGCUAAGCGCCGGAAAUACUGGGAGAAUAAGCGCGCAAGUGUUGCGCAACUUCAGAAGCUCCGCGUUGGGCUAUAUCUGGACGAACCAGUGUUUGGAAGUGCUCUUAUUCGAAGUUGCACGAUGCCUACUUUCAUUUCACCAGCAAUGGAAGUCCAUAUGCAUCGCGCCCAGCCUUUUCUCGAUUCUCGUCAACCGACAUUGGCCUUGCAAGAUAUGGUGCGAGACCCUGAGGAGAGGCUGGCGUCACUGCAGACUAUAGUUAACAAAUCCGUUUGCUACGUGCCGAAGGCUCGUGCAAUGCCUGCUCGUGUCAUCUACGGAGGCGGCGGGUUUGUUUACGAUGAUAAUUUCGUGUUAUCACGUAAAGCUCAGGCUGAUGAGCUUAGCCUGAAAUACGCCCAGCCCGUGGCACAUCGCAUAGUAGCGCCAUAUUACAACUCGUUUAAACGCACGCAGCUAUUUUUUCCCGACAAGGCGCUGGUGCAAUUCGACUGCGGCAAACUUCAGCAGCUGGCAGUGCUUUUGCGCACGCUGAAGCGUGGUGGCCACCGAUGCCUUAUCUUCACUCAAAUGAGCUCGAUGCUGAACAUCCUCGAGGUGUUUUUGAACUUGCACGGUCACACGUAUUUCCGUUUAGAUGGUGCGACAAAGGUGGAAAAAAGGCAAAUGCUUAUGGAGCGUUUUAAUCGUGACGAUAAGAUUUUCUGCUUCAUAUUGAGCACGCGAAGCGGUGGUUUAGGAAUAAACCUUACUGGUGCAGACGCUGUGAUCUUUUACGAUUCGGACUGGAAUCCAGCCAUGGAUGCGCAAGCUCAAGACCGUGCUCACCGUAUUGGCCAGACACGUGACGUGCACAUUUACCGUCUUGUAAGCGAACACACAGUGGAAGAGAAUAUUCUUCGCAAGGCGCAGCAGAAACGACAUUUAGAUUUCCUUGUGAUGUCAGAAGGGCAGUUUACCACAGACUUCUUCUCGAAAGCCAGCCUACGGGAGCUUAUGGUUGAUAGUUCAGGUAAACAAUUCGAGGAUAUGGAAUCCGAGCGAGAAGUUGACGAUGAGAGUACAGACGAGGACAUGGAAGACGACAACGAUUUAUCCCUUGAUACCGUGGAACGCGCUAUGGCGCAGCUAGAAGAUGAGGAAGAUGUUGUAGCAAUGAAAGGUGCGCGGGCAGAAUAUCUGCAAGAACAGCAUGAGUUUGACGAAGACGUGGGUGGUGAUGGCAGUGUUGCAUCCCCCAGUGCGAAAGUGUCGACAAGCCGUGUUGGGGAUACGGUGUCAUCGAGGCCUUCAACGCCAUCGUCAGUAUCGAUCAGCACUGUUGCGAGUGAGAGGGGUGAUGACGAAGAUGACGAAUUUGGGAACGAAAACACAGCAAAUGAGGGCACAACAGAAGAAGUUAACAAUCAACUUUCUAAGACGGAAGAUAUGUGCGAUUUUGAUGGGUUGGAGCCUGGAGAGAGCAUAGGUUUUGAUGAAAAGACUGACAAAGCUAGGCGAAAAAGACAGCGUUGCAACACGAGCGACCAAAGAAAAAUGAAAAAGCGUCUGAAACUAUCGAAGCCUCCAAAUGAAAACGGUAAGCAUGGUGAAAAGGUCCGCGAGAGAGCUCGUGACGCUGCUGAGGAGCAAAAGCUUCAAGCUUGGAAGGCAUCAGUGCAAUCUCUACAAGGAUUUGAGGACUCAUUAAAUGCGGUAGAUCGCUACGCUCUUCACUUUCGGGAAGAUGUGGAUCCUUUGUAUACGUACACACCAGCUCAACAAGCUGCAGCGCUAGCUGAAAUCGACCCCAACCCUCCUGCAUCAACAUUAUUGGAAGACAUAGAGCAAACUGAGAUAGAAAAACGGGAAGAAGAGGCACGACUUAUUGCAGAAGGUGAACUUAUCGUAGGUCAAAUGGUUGACAACGAUGAUAAUUGUCCUGAGGAGAGGAGAGAGCAUUAUACCGAACUGUACCGUCGUGAGCGCGCGCGCGUUCUCUUCGAGCAGCGUAAACGUCUUUUGACUGGCGAAGCAUGGUCACUUAUGAAGUGUGCAAAGACUGGUCAGCCAUUCUACUUCAAUGCUGAUACCCGUGAGGCUACGUGGGAAUGUCCCCCUGUUCGGGUGGCUAACGAGCAGCUCAAGAGUGCACGAGGAAGAGGAUACGAAGGCUUGCCACCACCCGCAUUGCUUCGUGUGCUAUCAAUGUUGGGUCCGUUCCCCGAACGUCACCGCGCACAGAUGGUAUGCCGUAGUUGGCACACUGCCGCACAGCAUCAUUCAUUGUUCGUUAAGAUUUCUGCAAGCGAUUUUGAUCCAGGGUCUCCAGAAUCUUUGGCAAAGAUGUUAGCAAAGGUGGCUCCUGGUAGCACGGUACUUUUUGGCCCGGGGGUGUAUCAAUUUAACGAGACUCUUGAGAUAUCGAAGUCAUUAAGGCUACUCGCAGCUCCUGAUACGCACGUGGAACUGCAGAUGCACUCCUGUCACGCACAACUUCGCUGGAGUGCUCGUGGUGGUGUAAUUCGCGGUUUCUACUUCACGCGAUCUAAUAGUGCAUCUGAGUCAGCUGUGGUUGAUGUAAAGCCGAGCUCCGAUGCUACGGAAUUGGUACCGGCGGUAAAAGAGAGCAAACGCGCGCUCCGAAAUCACGAUAAAAGGCUGGGCAACUGGCAGAACUUACUACGAGUUGUUGGGGACGGACAAUUGCGUGUGGAAUACUGCGAAUUUGACGGAAAUGGUCUGGGCAAUGCUUGUAUAUGUGUGUGGGGCCGUGGCGAAAAGAAAAAGAAGAAGAAAAAGAGGAAACGUGAGACUGCGGAUAUCAAGGCCAUGUCUAUGUUGAAUCCAACUACGCCUCUUGUUGCAACUUCUGUGUCUUUAACUCCAACGACUACCACAACUCGGAUUACUACAACGCCAGUGUCGACACCAGCAGGUACUACUGCUUUCGCUUCUAAACCGGCUGCUUCAUCAGCUGCCCCAUCAUCAGUGAGCGAUACGAGAAAGAGUGCUGUAUCGACGACGGUUGCACCGGUGACUACUAUGGCAUGUGGUACCAUUCCAGAGACAACGACAGCAUGCGUUACUGCAACAAAAGUUACAACAUCGCAAGCUACCACACAAGUGACUGCUACGGCAAAUGUCAGACCGAGUAUAACCACGCAAACGGCAGCAGACGCUGGGAUAUUACCUAUUCGACCAGUGGUUUCUGCGUCUGUGACUACAACACCACCAGUUAACGCACCAGGUUCUCAAGUGACAACCACACCACGAAACGUUGCGGCGCCGUCUACCACAAUUACCACCCCUGCGGCAGAUACGUUGUUGGUACUACAAAACUGCCGUAUUCGAGGUGCAGGGAGUUCGGGUGUGCUACUUAUGCGUGGGUCAUUAGUUAUGUCGCUAAACACUGUUGAAGGGAAUGCACACUCUGGUGUUACUAUCUUGGGCGGUCAGGCGUUGCUUCGGCGCAACAAGGUUCAACGAAAUGCUCGGUUUGGCUUAAGGCUGCUUUAUCACGCGAACAAUGUUAUCGUUGAAGACAAUGCGGUGUUUGGCAAUGCUUGUGGAAACCUUGAUGUCGACAACUCCGGUCGACGCUUUGUUGUUCGUUUGAAUGAUAUGGACAAAGGUAAAAAGGCAUCGGAGAAGCUACCGCAUCUACAUGGCAAGUUGCGCUUAAAGACUUAUCGUGUGUUAGAAAAGGAAGUGCCGCGUGCCCCGGUACCAUUUGUUAAGCCUGCAACCAGUACCACUACCGACUAUUGGAAGAGGCAACUAGCCAUGGGUGCAGCAGCUUCGACAACCUCACCGGCGAUGCCCAUGGCAAGUUCAGUUGUCACUUCGACUGCAAGUAGCAUCAUGAGAGCUGGAAUUCCAAUGGGCUUUAUGCGACCUGUAGCAUUUCCACAAGGAUCUAAUCCACUACACGUCUCACAUUUACCGAUGGCAUUUGCAUCGCUGGGAGCGAAGCCUACGAUACCGUCCAUGACGCUGAACCGACCAGCAACGAGCGCACAAUUGCCUACGACAACAGUAAAUUUGCAGCGCACGGUAAGUGCUCUUGGUACAGCAAGUAGCGUACCGGCGAGACCUGGCAUUUUAUCUGUGACCACGACUGCACCUACUACUGUACGCGCGACUUCUUCUAUUGAGCCCCAGAAACAACGCCAGAAACGUCGGCCCAAGACGCAGCAACUCAUCGCGGGCGGGCGCGAAAUCUUGCUACGUGACACGUGCGAGAAACCCACCGAGAAGGUAGUGAAGCCACGACGUUCCAAGGACCAGCUGACACCAGUUGUAGGGUCUACAGGCUUGCAGAGGAUAACUUCGCCUUCCCCGCUUCAGCUGAAAUUUGCCCCUGGAUCAACUGCGGCAGCAGUAGCAGCAGCGAUGAGUGCAAUGAUGGCAAACACGGCUAAAUUACAGGCAGCUGCAUUGCAAGCACAGACUGGUGUAAGAUUUGGAAAUACUAGUACGACCAAGACACCAGUCGCCAUGGCAUCGACUGUGGGUGUAAAAGCUGUAACACCAACGACUGUUCCAAGGCCAGCGCAGACAAAAAGUAUUGCGUCAAUGGCUGCAAAAAACGUAACGGCGAUACCGUCAACGCCGAUGGUAUCACCCGUGCAGAAAAGUAAUACUCCUAUGGCAGCGACAAGGCCAACGGUAGCUGUGAAAUUGAGCGUUGGUACGAAAGUUGCAACGUCGGUGGCGGAGUUACCAGCGUUGAAGGUUAUGGCACCACAGUCGAUCGACCUUGUCAAGCAGUCAGCAAAACCCGGAGAAGAAGGGAAACUGGAAACUGCUAGAAUGGAAACCAAAUCAACGGGACAGGAGGGAGAAAAGAAGAGUUUUGGUGAGGCGAACGGCCAGCCAGGAAACAAGGCUAGUAAGCCUUAA